AUGGAUGCCACACGGAGGCUACCGGAGAAAAAGCAGUCCGAGAUGCCGGUCACUUCUUCUUUUGAUACAUACGAGACGGGGGACAGAGACUCACGCAUCGUCGAGAUCGCGCCCAUCGCCGAGACCCGAUGGCAAUACCUUUGCCGUCACUUUACUACUAGGGAUGGAUGGAUUGGCAACUACGACUAUGCAUAUCUUGUCACGCCGAACAUCUGGCCAUUGAACAAAAAGUACAAGGAUUAUCAAGCCCCCUUCUAUGGAUUGAACGAUGAAGUCCCAAUCCUUCUUACUAUCAUCCUCGGCCUGCAACAUGCAUUGACUAUGAUUGGAUCGAUCGUAUCACCUCCUUUGGCAAUUGCAAGCGGUGCUUUCCACCUUGACGCAGACAAGAGCCAGUACCUCGUGUCCGCAGCCUUCAUCACCACUGGCAUCGCAACCGCUCUCCAAGUGACGCGGGUGCACUUCGCUAAAACCCCCUUCUACAUCGGUACUGGUCUUCUCUCAGUGGUUGCUCCUACUUUCGAUGUCUUGGCCAUCGCGUUCAGUUAUUCUGAUAUGCGCUAUGCGAAUGGGACGUGUCCAACAGCAUCUGAUGGUUCUAAGCUACCGUGCCCUGAUGCAUGGGGCGCAAUGCUAGGAACUAUUCUUUGUACCGUCUGGAUUCAGAUACUGCUUUCUUUUGUCCCGCCUAAGACUCUGAACCGUAUCUUCCCGAAGGUUGUCACUGGUACCCUCCUACUCCUCGUUGGCGUGUACCUUAUUUCGAGCGGCAUGGAGAACUGGGGUGGUAGCUCCAACUGUGAUGGCGGUAGUGGGUACUAUGCACUUUGCCCAAACACCGCGGCUCCUAGGCCAUUACCUUGGGGUGAUCCGAAACUGAUAGGCCUUGGCUUCAGCGUUUUUAUCACCAUUAUUUUUGUCGAACUUUUCGGCUCACCACUGAUGCGUUCCGCAUCGGUCGUCCUCGGCUUGGCCAUGGGUUGCGUAAUCUCUGGUGCAACUGGGUACUGGUCGCGAGAGAAUAUUGAUGCAGCCCCCGUUGCUACAUUCCUCUGGGUUGAGACAUUCAAAUUGUCGGUAGAUGGAGCAUUGGCGUUGCCCCUUCUAAUUAUGUUCAUUUGCGAAGCAGUCAGCUGCAUGCCUGACAUCCUUGCCACCGCAGAGAUCUCGGGGGUAGACAUUGAUGGGAUCGAAUUCAACAGUCGAAUCCAGGGCGGUAUCCUGUGCGACGGUGUGGGCAGUUUGGUCAGCGCCUUGGGUACUGGGUUGCCCAUGGUUAGCCAGGCAGGAAAUAACGGUGUCAUUUCUUUGACAGGAUGUGCGAGCCGAAGAGCAGGCUGGUGUGCGGCAGCCUUCCUAGUCCUCAUGGGCAUCUUCGGCAAAUUCGGAGCAGUCUUCGGUUCAAUGCCCCCAUCCGUCCUGGGAGGGAUGCAAGUCUUCUUAUACAGCACUAUCGUUGUCGCCGGUGUCAAGGUCCUCAGUCUAGUCGAGUUUACUCGCCGGAAUCGGUUUAUUCUAACCGCUGCCCUAGGCAUUGGAUUCAUGGACAUUGUAUCCCCAAGCUGGUUUGCCAAGAUUCUGGCUUAUGAGGGGUCAAACGUACGAUUACAGGGCUUUGAGCAGGGUAUCAAUCUCAUGGUUGAAACUCCUUUUAUCAUCUCGGCGGUUGUCGGUGUGAUUUUGAAUUUUAUUCUUCCGCAUGAUGGUAGUAAGAAGGUGGAAUUGGUGGAUGGUCGAGAUGGUCGGCCGGCUCUUCCCACCUAG